AUGGGUAUGAUUGUUCUGAAUGUUGCUUCAAGUGGUAUAGCUUCUAUGUUGUUGCCGGGUCGUAGAACAGCACAUUCCAGAGUUUGCAUUCCAUUGCAAACCGAUGAAACAACUACUUGCAACAUCAAACAAGGUAGUUUAAGGGAAAAUUUACUGAUCCGUGCCAAGAUCUUUUGGGAUGAAGCUCCUAUGUUAAAUAAGAAUUUUUUUCAGGCACUUGAUAGGACUUUGCGCGAUAUCAUGAGACAAGAAGAUGAAAGCAACAUGGACAAACCAUUUGGCGGUAAAGUUGUAGUUCUUGGUGGUGACUUCAGACAAAUUCUUCUAGUCAUUCCAAAAGGUGGAAGACAAGGCAUUGUAUCUGCUACAGUAAAUUCUUCUGAUCUUUGGAAAUACUGUAAAUUUUUAAAGCUCACUAAAAACAUGAGAUUACGCACAACAGGUUCACCAGAGCUUGCAACAGAAAUUAAUGAAUUUGCUGACUGGAUUCUCAAAAUCGGAGAUGGUGAUUUCGAAUCAAAUGAGCGUGGUGAAUCAGAUAUUGAAAUUCCUGAAGAUCUUUUGAUACAGGAUAGUGAAAAUCCACUUCUUGACCUGGUUGAUUUUGCAUAUCCCAAUUUGGUGCAUAACAUGAAGACUGAAAAGUUUUUUGAAGAACGAUGCAUAUUGUGUCCUACACUGGAAUGUGUUGAGAAGGUUAAUUAUUUUAUGCUUGAUUUACUACCAGGAAUACCAAAUCACAAAAUUAUAUUGAAGGAAGGUGCUCUGAUAAUGCUAUUGAGAAAUACACAUCAAGCAGUCGGUUUAUGCAAUGGAACGCGGCUAAUAGUGGCUGAUCUUGGAACAAAUGUUAUAAAGGUCACUGUAAUCACUAAAAGUGGUAAACAAAACACACCUCCAGCUAUAGUUGAAGACUCCAACACACCUAUUAAACGUCGUUCAGACGAUGGUUCCAUAACAGAAGUUGUUCAAAGUAAAGAUGCAGAAAUGUUGAAAAAGAUUAAGGUUUCAAAGACUUAG